AUGUCUGAUGCCCCAGCCGCCAAUGUUCCAGUAAACGGCGCGCCUCCCGUUGCGCAAGAGAAGAUCGAAGAAGCACCAGGCUUCAAGGUCUUUGUAGGAAAUCUUGCGUAUGUUACUACGGAUGAAGGGCUGAAGGCUUUCUUUGCGCCUGUUCAGAGUGAAAUCCUGUCUGCUCACGUUAUCCUUCGGGGUCACCGUUCAGCAGGAUACGGUUUCGUAGCUCUGUCCAGUGCGGAGGCAGUGCAAAAGGCCGCCGAGCUUCUCAACAAGACAGAGCUCGACGGUCGCGAAGUAGUUGUCGAGGUUGCAAAACCUUCCGACGAAAAGGACAAAGAGAGGAAGGAGAAGAAGGCCAAGAGACGUCCCGGCAGGCGUGGCGCGAAAGCCGUUCCCGGUGAGGUCACUGAGGCAGAAGCGAACGGCGAAGCUACCAAGACCGACGCACCCACAACAGAGGGUGAGACGGAGAGUGUCGCGAAGCCCAAGAAGAAGAAGAAGUCCGCUCGCAAGCCUAAGUUCCCUAAGGCUGAGGGCGAUGUCUCGGAAGCCCCUGCGCCGGACGCUGAGGGGGCCGCCCAAGCAGCACCGAAGAAGGCGGGACGUGUCCGCAAGCCUCGCGUGUCGCGUCCUGAAGGUGAAGACCCAGCUGGUGAACCCUCCAAGACCAUGCUUUUCGUAGCCAACCUCGGCUUCAGUGUCGAUGAUGCUGGCCUCACCGCUUUGUUCAGCGAAGCCGGCAUCCACGUUGUCACCGCUCGCAUCGUCCGCCGCCGCUACGGAAAGCCCAGAAAAAGCAAGGGCUACGGCUUCGUUGAUGUCGGCAGCGAGGAAGAGCAGCAGAAGGCAAUCCAGGCCCUUGAUGGUAAAGAAGUCACCGGUCGGGCUAUCGCUGUCAAGGUCGCCGUCAACACACCACAUUCGGAGAGUGAAGGUGAGGGCAAGGACGAGGCUAAUCCCGACGCUCCCGUCGCCGCUGCCGUCCCAGCUGAAGCCCCCGUUGCCCCUGAACCAGCCGUCGCUCCUGCUGCUGAGACCCUUGCCCCCGCCGCUGCUGUCGUCGCCGCUUAA